UCAUGAGCGUUUGCCAUUUUGUUGACGAGACUACACAGAUGAAGGAGUGACACUUUAAAAGUAUUAAUUGUAAUUUCCAUUUUAAAUCCCCACGUUACGUGGAUAGAGCAGGAAUAAUCACGGCGAUACUGUUUACUCAUUUAUUUGAUUUUGCAUAAAAGGUAAUGGAAGCGAGAAAAUAACUUCAUUUCAAAAGUAUCUACAUGUUUGGUGAUCAUUAUUUCUAAAAACCACUAACAUAAUGUAUGCAGGUCUUCGUUUGUUUGUUUGUGUUGUCUUCGUGACAUUUGUAUGUGGAUAUGGCAUUACAAAUCCACAAAGAAAUCAGCUCCAAACGAACGUUAGACAGCGCUGGGACCUACCAUCAAAAUAUAUUCCAAAUCCAUGGACGGACUUAGGACGGAUGGUGACCCUACCUGAUACGCUAUCACCAACACAUUUAGCGAGCUGGCUUAAGUCCAGAUCAGGCCCUGUGGUCAAUGGUCACUUCGACGAUAUCCUGGAGUUGUCGAUGGGCAGUGAGGCGAUUGAUAUCGACGAGGGAAUUAUUCCUGAUGUAACUGACCAUGAAUUCGACAACUUUGGUGUUAAACAAUUAAGUCUUGACCACUCGAGUGACCGUCGUACAAACUCCAACACGGAACGUGACAGCUUGGACACAUCAGCAAAUGUCUUCCAUCAUGACUGGCCUGACUAUGAAGACGAAUCAGACUACUCAGUUCGUCCAGCCCGUUGGAAGCGUGGAUAUAAUGAAAUUAGUCCUCAGUAUGACGGCACUAUGCGUUUCCGGUCUUGGACAAGAGACGCAGAAUUUCGAUUAAACCGAUUCCACUCUCCCAGGCGACGCUUCCGGCGGCCAACAGUAUCAGUCACAGUUGACGGAACAACCUUUGACCCGGAUGUACUUUUUACACAAAACAUCACACCGGAACCGGAAAUGUCUGUAUUCAGAGCUCUGAUGUCAGCAGCUCUAACAUUUAGACGGCAUCGCGCAGGCGCAGAAAAUCCAUUCAAUGUCAUGUUGGACUGGGAUUAUGAGAACGACUGCGAAGCAAUUGUCGAUAUUUUUGGGAUGUCGAACUCUAACGGUCAUUUGUGGACGAUUCACGUUCGUAGACGUCGUGGUCAGGUUGUGUACCGAGGCGUCUGCUUUCCGCCAGAACGGGUUUUAGUUCGACCGGGAACACGAGUUACUAUCCAGUACAGCUAGCUGAUCAAUGGACUUGCUGACGUCAUAUCGUUAUAUCUUUUACAUCUCAUCAUUGGUUCCAUGUUUAAGUUUGUAUGUAAACUAUACGAUUAAGCUUUUUUUUGUAUCUAUUGGACUUAUUCUUUUUCAUUGUAUGGUGUUUUCACAAAAAAUGGAAUAUAAAAGGAAGUUAAAAAAACAACAUUUUUUUAACAAACAA